AUGGACAUAGUGAGGAAUGCGUUUAUGAAGAAGAGCUUGAUAGAACACAUGCAAGCCUUGACGGUCAUGGAAAAUACGAUGGAGGAGGCCGUUGCUUGA